AGUCCCAUCUCGUCUUCUCUAGAGGGGGUAAGGAAAGUAAGACUCCAGUAAUCUGAUUCUACAGUAAUGAAGUCUCAGAUAGGUAAACGGUUGAAAGCAGAAAAGGAAGUCGUUGAGAGAGAGAGCUCUCACCUCAACCCAAACAAUUACCAUUUCAAGGCUGUGAUUAAUCGAUCUAAUGUCAUGAAGCCAUAUAUGUGCAUUUCGAAGGAGUUUACACUGACAAAUGACCUUACGAUCGGACGCACGAUGACCCUUAGAGAUCCAGAACAAAGGUUGUGGACGGUGACGAUUGAUCGCCAGAGGUAUAGUUGCAGCACUUUUUUCAGAAGCGGUUGGACCGAAUUUGCUGUUGGUAAUGGAAUGAAAGUAGGAGAUGUGUGCUUCUUUGAGACCGUUCCUUCUAUGAAAGACGUGAUGGACAUUCGUAUUGGAAGGCAGGCUACUAAAGUGAAGAAUGCCCAAUUUGAGUUCUAGUUGUGAAAUCUGAGUUGUUCGUGUGGUGCGACCUACUCUAUAUUUGUCGAGCUAUUAACGGUUUACAGAAAUUUUGAAUUAAGUUGAUAUUUAUCUUUUCACUUCA